GUCUCUGAGAAAAAACCUCGAAUCUCCAAAUUCAGAGCAAAACUGAGAAAAAAUUUAUCACAGAACCUCUCUCAGCAUAGCCCAAAUGAACUAGGUUGAAAAUGCCUUUAAAAAAACCAAACCAAACCAGUUACAACACCAGUUAAAACUUCCCCUUGCUGGCAAGUGUGCGAGUCAGCUGGAGCUCUCCGCUUUCAGAGAAGCUGCUGCUGUAGCUUUCUAACAAGAGGAGCUGCACGUUUCUCCUCCGUCUUCACCAGUGGUUUUGAGAACAAGCAGAACCUCUUAACAUAUAAAUGAACAGCUAAAACUCUUUACAAAUGAUGGCUGCCACUUCAGCUGAUUUACCAACCACUGUUCCACACAAGGAAGAACUCUGGAGUAACCAAACCAACCUGACCAUAAAUGCCUCAGAAAGCCACAGUAAUGGCAGCUGCUCCUUGGAAGACAACAACUCACUGUCACUUGCUUUGAUCUUCUUUUACUCCAUUAUUUUUGUCGUUGGAUUGGUUGGGAAUAUUGUAGCCCUGUUUGCUUUCCUGCGGAUUCACCAGAAAAGGAAUUCUAUCCAAGUCUACUUGCUAAACGUAGCGGUUGCAGACCUUCUGCUGAUCUUCUGCCUCCCCUUCCGGAUCCUCUACCAUGCCACCAACCGCUGGAUGUUCGGGCGGAUUUUCUGCAAGGUUGUGGGAACUCUGUUUUACAUGAACAUGUACAUUAGCAUAGUACUGCUGGGACUCAUUAGUCUGGAUCGUUACAUAAAAAUAAAUAAGUCUGUGAAGCGCCCAAAGAUGUUAACCACUGCCCGCAGUGUGCAGAUCUGUUGCACGGUGUGGGCGAUUGCACUGACAGGAUUUAUAGUGGUGGUUGCACCGUCUUUCUUUAAGACAAAGGACAGCAACUUUACCAAGUGCUUUCAUUACAGAAGCAAACAGAAUGCAGAGAAGACUGAAGCAAUUUUAAAUUAUAUCAUUGUAGUGAUUUUUUGGGUAGUUUUUUUCCUUUUGAUACUUUCGUAUGUAAAAAUUGCCAAGAACCUUCUGAAAAUUUCGAGGAGAAGGGCAAAUUUUCCCAAUGCAGGAAAAUACACCAAGACAGCAAGAAAUUCCUUCAUUGUUCUCAUAAUUUUCACCAUCUGUUUCGUGCCUUAUCACAUAUUCCGGUUUGUGUACAUCACAUCGCAGUUACAAACCCCAUCCUGCCACUGGACAAAGAUCAUUCACGUGUGCAAUGAGGUGAUGCUCGUAUUUUCAUCGUUUAACAGCUGCCUAGACCCAGUUAUGUAUUUCCUAAUGUCCAGAAGUGUCCGUAAGACUGUAUUGCAACUGAUAUGCACAAAACUUCAUGGAGAGUCGAGUCUAAACCUGGAGAGCACUUCAGACAUAAAACUUGGCCAAUACGCUCAGGAGCGAUUAUCCACCACCACUCCUCACUCCAGCUACUCGAGGAAGAAAUCUGUGAUUUGAACAUUUACAUCAAUCUCUGGCACUCCAGGUCACCGAUUUCAGAUCACAAAAUCAUCUACUCCACAGCUACUAAUUCUGCCUCUUUCCUCCUGUUAAGAAAAAUGGGAAGUCUUACUUCUGUUUGUGAAAAUGAGAAGUAACUUUUCAGAAGAAUUUUUUCGCUCUUGUUUAUCCACGAAAGCAAAUUAGAAGUUCUCAGACAAAUUGUGUUGGACUAAACUAGAACACUAACUCUUUAGGGAGAUUUCCAAGUAGGGGUUUGAAUCUGUAAAAGUAAACUUGUAUAUACACAUUAAUAUUAGUAACUUGUGGAUGUAAAUAAUAGAUGGAUUUUGCAAAAAGUAAAUUUUGUUCUGUUUGAAAGAUCUAAAUACAGAUUUUAUGUAUUUUAUGGUUUUUUCUGUUGUAAUAGUUUUCCAAGAGAUCAGUAUUUUAACUACAUUUAAAACUGUAUUUUUAAAGAAAAUAUUUGAGAAUUUAGCAACGUGCAUCUUAAAAAUGAAGUGAAUACAACAGCUAUUAAUUCAGUUUUAAGUACAGAAGACACUCUUAGUUUUAUUAAGCAGCAAAAUUAAAAUAUUUGAUCCUACUAAGACUCUUGUAUUUCCAACAUUUUAAUGAGCGUCAAGGUCAAACACCUGAGGAAAAGCAAGCAAUGCUUUCAGAAAAUUUGAAAUAAAUGAAGGAGAGAUGACAUGGGUAUUUCCCAAGAUUUCCUUCAAUAUGAGAAAUUUGAUGACUGCACAAAGUAGUUCAAUAAGGAACAUAAACUUGCAGAAUAGAGCAAAAAGAUCAGCCAGGCUCAGCUACUGGUCCACUCCUAGAUUUCCAAAGCCACACAUUCCAGAUGCAUGCUUCCUCCCUGGAAGGAGACUUUUCUUCCCAUGUGAUUAAAAUAAUCUUGAUAAUUGCUGAUGCCAUGUGAUCAGCAAUGUAAUACCAAUGUUCCAUAGCUACAGCUAAGCUAUAUUUUCAGAUUAAAACUAAACAGCUUUAUGUAUUUAGGCACAAACAAAUUUCAAACUGAAAUAUUUCCCAAAAACCAGAGAGCUAAAGGUGGGGAUGUCUGGCACAAAGAUGACUAAAGCAACAUAACCAGGAACAACUUAAAUGUCUGGCAUAACAGACCAGAAAGGUGAAACAAAUAGAGGUCAGAUAUCAAGCCCUGUAAAACAAGGAUUUAUUAUCUUGACACGUACAAACAGUACUGCUCAAGUAAGCAGGUGUAAAGAAGUUGGUUUUAAUAUGACUACCAGUAACUUCUCUAAUGGAUCAUGUGACUCUUAAUGACAAAUCUGUGCCAAAAUGUGUGAAUUAUUACUAAUUCCAUACAACAUUCUGAUUUUACAGAAGAUACUCAUAAUACUCUGAACAAAGUAAACAUAAGGCUUCACCUCUGCUAGAUAUAAACUUGGUUUAAUUUUGAUGUGAUUUUACAUCAUUCAGAUUUGAUGGAACUGGAUAUAAACACAUUAAACAAAUUACAAUGACUAGCCAGUCUAUUUUGUUUUAGUUUUCUUUUUAAAAUAAAAAAUAGGAGGUUUCUUAAUCUUCAAAAGAAUGAUUCAAACAAACAUGUAAUUUCAUAAAGAUAUGACAGUAACUGCCUUUUUUCUUACAUAUUUCAGCAUACAAUGCAGGUGUUUGUACAAUUAUUUCUGACUGAUUCUCACAGUAAUUGCAUUUCAUGAUCUUUUAUCUAUUAUUUUGUCAUCCUAUUAUAUUAAUGCUUCUCUUGGUUUUGUAUUUGUACAGUGCAAUUUUAUUAUGCAAUACUGUAGUUUGACAUAGUCACAUCAAUUUUGGUACAUCUAGUAGAGUUUAUAAACCAUAAUUUCACAAGA